AUGAAUCGGCCGCAACCGCAACAAGCUGCUGCUGCGGCGGCGGCGGAGCAGACCAUGGCGCUGUACGACGCCUGCUGGUUCCGCCGCCUCGUGCUGCUACCGUCCCCUACUUCAGCAACCGUUCAGCCAGCUCUACCGUCACAACAGCAGGCGCCGCUGGAGCGCGAGGUGGAUACGCACACUCCGCAGCGGCCUUCUUCGAGUCCCACGGCCGGCGGGCUGCGGCACCGGCGGACGCGGAGCGACGAGGCCACGGCGGCCGCGUUCCAGGGCCUGGAGCCGCUGAGGCUCCCCGACAGCGGCCACCGCGCGCGCCUCGAGACCAUACUCUCGGGCAAGGACGGGCUCGUCGUGGCCGCGCCGCAGCCACAGCCGCUGCCGGAAAGGAGAAUAAGGUCCGAGCUGGCGCGGCGCGCGGCCGGGCCCGGCAGCCGGCGGCGGCGGCGGCGCGGGCGGAGCAUGUCGGAGCUGGAGUUCGAGGAGGUCAAGGGCCUGCAGGACCUGGGCUUCACCUUCUCCGACGCCGAGGUGGACGCCGAGCUCGCGUCCAUCGUGCCGGGCCUGCUAAGGCGGAAGCGGUCCGAGGAGGAGAACAGCCGGGCCACGGCGUCGGCACCCGCGGCGGUGGCGACGACGUCUUCGGCCCGGGCGGCGGAAGCUGUCAACGCGUCGGCGGGCGUCGCCGCGGUGCCCAGGAGGCCGUACCUCUCGGAGGCGUGGGACGACGAGGAAGAAGAGGUCAGGAGGGCGCUGCGGAACUGGCGGAUUCCGCCGGCUGGCGACGGCAACCAGCUCAAGGAGCACCUCCGGAUGUGGGCGCACACCGUGGCCUCCGCCGUCCGAUGA